UCCAAUCUCCGGAAGUGCUAUGCUAUCUGUGUGGAAAAUGUGGCGCGAGACGUAGCACAGCAGACAUUGUGUGUACUUACAAACUUUUAAAGGAAAAAAACGAAUCUAAACCUGUUCUUUCCAUAGAAGUUCUAAGGAUUGGCGCUUUACCCUGCUUAAUGAGAGAAAGGGCAUAGGAACUUGCCUUCCUAAAGGGAAAAAUGCCCCGUAGACGACAGCAGAGGCAUGUGGGGAGCGGCUCAGAUGGCACCGAAGACUCUGACUCGUCUGCUGAGAGAGAGCAGACCAACAGCUCAGAGAGCGAUGGAAACAUGCCCAAAAGAACACGCCUUACAAGAGCAUCACUACGCCUCAGCCAAAGUUCCCAAGAUACCCCAGACCUGAAGCGAUCAGGUGACCAUGACGAGUCCCCUCCGUUGACCCCUACAGGCAACGCUCCAUCGUCAGAGUCCGAGCUGGACAUAUCCAGCCCCAACGCCUCUCACGAUGAGAGCCAGUCAAAGGACCCGGCCCACAGAGACUCCGACAAGGACCUUUCUCACCGGCCCAAACGCAGGCGUUGCCACGAGACCUACAAUUUCAACAUGAAGUGUCCCACUCCAGGAUGCAACUCUCUGGGUCACCUCACAGGAAAACAUGAACGCCAUUUUGCUGUAUCAGGGUGUCCGCUAUAUCACAACCUCUCUGCCGAUGAGUGCAAGGUAAAAGCCACCAGUCGAGAGAAACAGGAAGAAGAGGUGAAGGUUCCAGAUGAAGGCAACAACAGACAUGCUACCCGUCACCAGACCCCCACAUCGAGACAGACUCGAUACAAGGAGCAGGUGACAGAACUGAGGAAAGGGAGGAACUCAGGACUGCAGAAGGAACAGAAGGAGAAGCACAUGGAGCAUCGUCAGAGCUACGGCAACACCAGAGAGCCCCUGUUGGAGAACAUCACCAGCGACUAUGACCUGGAGCUCUUCAGGAAAGCUCAGGCGCGAGCUUCAGAGGAUAUGGUUAGAGAGAGAUCCCUUAACGCAUCUCCCCUGGCCUCUUCCUCCUCCUCCUCCUCCUCUACACUGAAUGAGAAGCUGCGUAUCCAGGGCCAGAUCACCGAGGGCAGCAACAUGAUCAAGACCAUCCUGUUUGGCCGGUACGAGCUGGACACCUGGUACCACUCUCCCUACCCCGAGGAGUACGCCCGCCUGGGUCGCCUCUACGUCUGCGAGUUCUGCCUUAAGUACAUGAAGAGCCAGACCAUCCUCAGGCGACACAUGGCCAAGUGUGUGUGGAAGCAUCCCCCUGGAGAUGAAGUGUACAGGAAGGGAGCCAUAUCUGUGUUUGAAGUAGACGGCAAGAAGAACAAGAUCUACUGCCAGAAUCUGUGUCUGCUGGCCAAGCUGUUCCUCGACCACAAGACGCUGUACUACGACGUGGAGCCCUUCCUGUUCUAUGUCAUGACUGAGGCAGACAACACAGGCUGCCACCUCGUGGGAUACUUCUCCAAGGAGAAGAACUCCUUCCUCAACUACAACGUGUCCUGCAUCCUGACGAUGCCUCAGUACAUGAGGCAGGGCUACGGGAAGAUGCUGAUCGACUUCAGCUACCUGCUGUCCAAGGUGGAGGAGAAGGUGGGCUCUCCUGAGAGGCCACUGUCAGACCUGGGCCUCAUCAGCUACCGCAGCUACUGGAAGGAGGUGCUGCUCCGAUACAUGUACAACUUCCAGGGCAAGGAGAUCUCCAUCAAAGAGAUCAGCCAGGAGACUGCAGUAAACCCUGUGGAUAUCGUCAGCACUCUGCAGUCCCUGCAGAUGCUCAAGUACUGGAAGGGGAAACACCUAGUCCUGAAGAGACAGGACCUGAUCGAUGAGUGGAAGAGCAAGGAGACUAAGCAAGGCAACAACAAUAAAACAAUCGACCCCAGUUCGUUAAAAUGGACCCCGCCCAAAGGGAGUUAGGAGGCAGCAGCUGUGGGGCUGCUGAAUAAACUCUACCACACCUGCCAGAAGUAGCCUAGACGUACCAACUAUCAACACCACAGUGUUCUUCACCCCGUCUCCACCCUCCCUGAUUGCCCAAAGGAUCAUUCCCCUAUUGCUUUACAUUUUGACUGUUAUUUAAAAACAAAAUUGCACAAUGUGAAAACAAUUUCAAACUUUUCUUGACUGAAAUAUCUCAACACAGCAAAAUGUAAUUGGUUAAUUUUCGUUCAACAAGAUCUAUGUAGGUUAAGCUUUGAAUGUCUUUUCAUUUGUGAGAACUCGAGUAUUGGCUUUUCCAAUCUGGUGGAUCAAAUGAAUGUCUCGCUUUGCUCAUAAAAAUACAUACUUCUUACUUCCCACAUCAUUUUCUUUUAUUUCAUUCAACAGAAGUGCAGUUUGCAGAUGCUAAUGAAUUAUUUGGAUGGAUACAGUAAUCAUUGGCAUGAACUUUGAUACCUAAACAAAGUGUUUUCUUACAAGUAUCAGACUGCUGUUAUGUUUUGUAUUGUAGUUAUUUGGAGUUGACGUAUUUGUAUAGAUCAUGUAAACAUUUAAUGAUUUUAGUAGCUUUAGUAAUAUUGGAGUUUUUCCCAUUCCUCUUGCGAAUCUGCCAAAUGAAGAAAUAAAGAUGAAUACCAGCAUAUUGUUUGGUCUGAUUUGCAUUAAGUUAAUUGGCAGUGAUUUUACAAAACAUUGCAGUUAAAAAAACAAGUGGAAAGGAAGGCUCUCAGGUUAUUGUUGUGACUGAGUUAUGGAAAAUGUACCUUGUGGCUUGUGUGAAUCCUCUGAAACAUCAUUUAUUGUGCUUGUUUCAGCUGGAGUUAUUCUUGUGGGUGAAUCUACAUACACAAAAAGCAUUUUGUCAGUACAUUUGACAGGGAUUGUUCAAACCUGUGUGUAGUUUUAACUUUUGCAAAUGAUAGCUGUGCUGUUUUAUUUUUCACAAAUAAAGAUGCCUUGAGAUGUA